UAAUAUAUAUGUGUGUGUAGGAGAUAAAACUUUGCAGCUGUUUUGAAAGCUAUCUGUAAUGGGAUAGUAUAUUUAAGAUUUGACCAAUAGAAAGCGACUUUUCAUAACUAUACAGGUUUUCGUACUUGAUAAAAUGGCUGCGUUGUUUAGUCGAAAGUGCUUCAGGUUGUUGCCAACAGCAACAGCAGCAGCCAUUAGACAUUCCAGUGCAGGGGCCAGAGCUGAACCAUUAGUUCUGAGGAAUCUAGAAAAUGGCAUUCUGACGCUGACUCUCAAUAAUCCACCCAAAAGAAAUGCUUUGUCUUCUGCCAUGUUGUUAAAUCUUCAUAAAGAAUUGAAGUCCUGCAGCAAUGAUGAUAAUGUAAGGGUUGUACUACUAACAUCUAAAGGUGAUGUUUUUUCGUCAGGACAUGAUCUCAAAGAACUAGUUAUUACAGAUGACAAAUCAAAGACUAAACAAAUUGAGAUUUUCAAGUCAUGUUCUGAAGUUAUGUGUAUGAUACAGGACAUGGCAGUACCAGUAAUUGCUCAAGUUAGUGGUUUGGCUACAGCUGCUGGCUGUCAGCUUGUAACAUCAUGUGAUAUUGCCAUAGCUUCAGAAAAAGCCAAGUUUGCUGUACCUGGAGUAAAUAUUGGCCUCUUUUGUACAACUCCUGGUGUAGCACUUGGCCGGGCUGUUCCUCGCAAGGUUGCUAUGGAAAUGCUUCUCACUGGACAACCAAUAUCAGCUGAUGAGGCACUACGGCAUGGUUUAAUCAGUCGAGUUGUCAGUCCUGAGUUGCUAGAGGAGGAGACUAUGAAAAUUGCUCAACGAAUAUGUGAAUGCAGUCGAAGUGUUUUGUCCAUGGGUAAGGCAGCAUUUCAAACGCAGAUGAAUAUGGAUCGAGAUGCUGCUUAUUACUAUGCUGAGAAAAUAAUGGUUUCUAAUCUAAGUAAGGAGGAUGGGCAAGAGGGCAUCAAAUCAUUUCUAGAGAAGAGACGUCCUCACUGGUGCCACAAAUGAUAGCUAUUUCUCACAAUAGGAUGCGCACGUGCACACACACACACACACAAACUAACAAGAUCAGACAUAAACAUGCACUUGCAUGUAUGCUUGUAGGUAAACACAUGCAUGGUGCAAGUGUGCUUGUAUAGCUGCAUUUAUAACACAAUAUACACAUGCUCACACAUAUAUCACUCGUAAAUAUGCAUAUUGCAGACACAUACACAUUUGCAAAUGUACACAAACAUUUGCACUCAUAAAUAUGUGCACACAUAUUUAUAUACAUUGUAAUGUAUUAUACCUACACAUAGAAACUUGUGCUAUCAUACAUGCUUAACUAUGCAUUCACUUACACACACAUGCACAGUAAUAAACAGGUUCAAAUACAUCCAUGCAUGCUGUAUCAACACACAUAUCUUUGUACAAGCAAACAUAUAUUUGCAUAUAUAAUACAACACAUUCACAUACACAUGUGCACACAUACACACUAACAAGUAUGCAUAUGCACUCAUGCACGCGCUAUGUACUUACAUUCUCUUAAGCAUACCACACUUAAAAUCACACACUCACAAAUAUAUACAUGUGGUUAUACAUUUGAUAUUAUAGAUGUGGUGCUUGCUGUGCUGAAUUCUCUGUGCUUACAUUGCACAGUGUUUUUCAACCAACUAACCAACCAACUAAUCAAAAGUCUCAAAUGCAUAUCUGUUGAACUAACAAUGAAAUAUCAUUGUUAUAACACCCUAUCAACACCCUUAAUCCUAUGCCCUCAAACGUGUGAUAUAUAAUUCCCUAAAACCUCCCUGAAAAUUUUAUAACAGAAUCCCUUGUAUUUUAUUACAUCUUCAAAAUACUGAAGGAAUUUUCCUGUACAUUUGUUGCUUUAGUUCAAAUUGAAUUUUAAUUAAACAAAUAGACUAAUGAUAAUAAAAUACUUGAAAAAACAA